AUGCCGAAGGUCAAGAAUGAGCUUUCUCGUUCCGUGAUCGAGCAGAUGGUCUUGUAUGGUUGGUUGAUAAUUACCAUGAUGAUGAUUGUUGCAAGUUGUGGAUUCAAUAACAUUCAUGCAUCCCGAAAUAUUCCUGUGAUUGUGGAUAGUGAUUUAGGUACUGAUGAUUUGUUUGCAAUUUUACAUCUUCUUCAUCAUGAUGAGAAACAGCUUGAAAAAACAAAAAUGAAAUUUAAUGAUGAAAAAUAUAUUCAUUGUGCCGGCACGAAUAAUAAUUUCACAAUUUCAAUAAUUGGAAUUAGUCUUGUCACUGGCAUGCAACUCUCUCUUGAAACUUCAGUUGAUAUUUUACAGAGAUUGCAAUUAUUUACAAACGGAUUUAAACAUAUGAAAAUGUCCAUGACGAAUUCAAUAUAUUAUACACCAUCACAAGAAAUGAAAUUACCUAAACUCUACAUUUCCAUGGAUCCACAUGGAUUAAUUCCGUCCCAGAGUCAUAGUUUUGCUGAAGGUACAUGGUAUGCGAAAUGGAAAGAUAGAGAGCUACAUAUGGCUGAUAUUCUUGAAAUUCCACCAAUUGCGAAUUAUUCACAUCCUGUAUUGCUACCAGUUGUCAAUAGUCAAGAAUAUGUCAAGGAAAUGAUGCACCUAUUGAAAAAUCAAAUAGAUUUGAAUCAACCUGCAACUGUUUUAGCCAUUGGCCCACUCACUAAUUUGGCUCGUUUGGUUCUCUCUAAUCACAACAAUUUAUUAGAAAAAGCAAUCGAGAAAAUUGUGAUAAUGGGAGGAGCAAUUGACAUGAUUGAUCCAAGCAAUGCUAUUAAUGGCGCUGAAUGGAACUUCUUUUGUGACUCCACAGCGGCAGAAAUUGUGUUGCGAGCAUUCAGUGGAAGAACUGUAUUGUUUGACUUGAAAGUUGCGAAUUUAGAUGCUGUGAAUGAAACCAAUGCUCAGGACAUUUACAAAUAUGCUACCUCUUUUACCAUUCCAAAACAUUCUCUUCAAUUUGUCCAAUUGGGUCUUUUAGAAAUGUCACGCGCCUCUCUCACCUACGAUGUGGUUACUUCCUUUUAUUUGACGCAUCCACACUUAUUUACCUUUCAGAAAAUUUGUGUGUCCAUUUCAUCACAAACUCCUACUCAAGGAAUAAUUCAUGAAAUUGAUUGUACUGGAAAAGAACAACAGGACAUUGUUGUGAAUCGAGCAGUAGCAUUCAAUAAGAUUCAAUAUCUUGAAUAUUUGAAAGAAUUAUUUCGACUCUAG